GCGGUUGUGGGAAGUAGGCAACGGUUGCCAUUUUGAAUACUUUUGCGGUAACCAUGGUAACCAGAGGCAACCAUGGGCUGAUGAGAAUUUCAUCUGAUUGAUGUGAUUCCAUCGUUGGUGUAGGAGAACGAUCACAUACCAGUUUAAUUCUAGCAACCGGAUUAUUCAGACGCGGACAACAGGUGCUCCGUAGAGAUUUACGGUCCCAGCAUGUAUUUGAGAGAGAUAAUAAUCAAUGGUUUUAAAAGCUACAUGAAUCAGACCGUCGUUGAGCAGCUCGAUCCCAAGCAUAACGUCGUGGUGGGAAGAAACGGCUCGGGAAAGAGUAAUUUCUUCAGUGCAAUCGAGUUCGUACUGAGCGACGAGUACACCAACCUAAGACAAUCGGAACGCGCUGGGUUGAUAAACAAAGGCGCAUCGAAAUCUCCUACCGAGUCUGCGUUCGUGGAGAUUGUUCUCGUCGAGAAGGCAUCGAUUUCUGCGGAAAAGAAACCUUCAGACUGUGGUGAAACACGCGUACGUCGGACCAUUUCAGCUACCAAGGAUCAGUACAAGCUAAAUGGUCGUAAUGCAACGCGCAGGGAGGUGGUGGAGAUGCUGGAUUCGCUCGGCUUGUCAACCGCCAGCCCGUACUACAUCGUGAAGCAGGGUAAAAUCAAUCAGCUAGCAAUGUCCCGUCCGCCCCAGCUGCUGCAAGUCCUGUUCGAGAUCGGCGGCAUACGGGUGUACGACGAGAAGCUUAAGGAGACGAUCAAGCUGAUGCACGACGCGGACCUUUGCUUGAAACAAAUACGCACCGUACGUUCCUCGCUCGGGGAACGCCUAAAGCUGCUCUUCAACGAGCGGAAGGAACAGGAGCAAUUUGAGCAGCUCGAUAAGAAGCAUCGCCUACUCAGCUUUAUGGUGCUGGACAAAAAGCAUCAAGAGGCGGUACGGGCGCUCAACGCGCUUGACCACACGGAACAAUCUUGGAAGGAGCAAGAGCGCCAAUUUGUGCUGCAAAAAUCGGAAGCCAUGGAGAAGUCGAACGAGCUGAAACGGCAUCGCAAAGACACCAGCGCCGAGCUUACCAACGCUCAGGCCAAACAAACGUAUCUCGGCGAAGAGCACAUUAGACUGCAAAAGCAAAUGGUUAAGCUUGAUCUGCAGCUGCAAGACACCGUACAGGAGUUGGGCAGGCAACGUGUCGACCAGGAACGGGAACAAACCGAGCUGGUCCGCCAGCAGACCGAUAUUUCCGAUGUGCAGAUGCAGCUGGAAACGGUCGCGCGUCAACUGGCCGCAGUGCAGGAGCGAAAGGACACGCUGGAAAGUGCAUUCUUGAAGAAGAAGGAAAGGCGCAACGAAAUAUUAGACAAACAGCGUCGAGGCAUACAAUUUACUACCCGCGAAGCACGGGACCAAUUUCUGCGGAACGAGAUUGCGUACGUGUGCAAUCAGAUUAAAGUCCAAACGGAAGCACUAGGUCGCAUGAAGAUCGAGCACAAAGAGCUUAUCGGCGGGUUGGAAAUAAAGAAAGAGGACGGCACACGGUAUGAGGGGGAGCAUGGUACUUUGGCGAACCAGGAAAAUGCCUACAAAGCACAGCUCGCCCAGAUCGGUGCUCGUCUGCAGGAAAGUAAGACCGUACGGGAAACGCUCGCCGCUGAUGAAAGCAGAAAGAUGAUCGAGCUGAACCAUCGGCGGGCUCAAGUCUCAGAUCAUGAGCAAAAGCUUCGCAAGCAAAUUGGGACGCGUGUUGCGGACGGAUGGCGUGCCGUCGCCAAAGUGCUGGACAUGCUUCGAACGCAACACGCCGACCAUCAUCCCGUGCUGGCCGGGUACCACGGUCGAGUGUUUGAAGCGUUCCAGUGCGAGGAGGAACUUUUUCGCGCGGUUGAAACGGUGGCCGGAAGCAAACUAUACUAUCACAUCGUGGAGUCGGAAGCGAUCGCCAAUGAGCUCAUUGCGCUGUGCAACAAGCACCAGCUGCGGGGAGAGUAUAAUUUUAUGCCAUUAAACAAAUUGCAGGCGGGGCAGCAAAUGCACACUGCCGUGCGUAGCGAUGCAACCGUUCGGCCCUUAGUAUCUUUGCUAACGUACGACAAUCGUUUCGAGAUCGUGUUUCAACACAUCUUUGGCGGCACGCUACUGUGCGAUGGGCUGGAAACGGCGGUCAAUGCUCACCGGCAGCAUCAAAGAUCCUGUGUCACGCGUGAUGGCGAUAUGGUGGGUAGGGGCGCACUAACAGGCGGCUAUCGUGCUCCCGGUACGACGAAGCUUCACCAAGCGUUGGCACUGUGCGAGAUGGGUGCAAAGAUCGCUCGACUCGAAUCGGACUUGCAAUCCAUACGGAAAUUGAAAAGCAAAGCGGACGAAAUCAUUGACAAAGAUGAACAGGACCGCGUGAUAGUGGAAGCGAAGCACAGGAAAAUGGUGCGCAAUAGGGAACAGCUUCAAGCGCUACUGCACGCAGUUCCGACCCAGUGCCGACGGCUGGGUGAGAAAUGUACCGAACUGGAGCGUAAAAUUCGUACCCAGCAAACGGAUCUCGACCUACUCGUGGCCAAGGAGGAAAGCCUCCGCCGUGAGCUGGAAACCCAAUUUAUCUGCGUGCUAACCGAGAAGGAGGAACGUUUCAUAGCGCAGCUUGACGAAGAGAUCAGAUGCUUGCGGACGCAGCAAAACGAAGCGUUCAAUGCCGAGCUGCAAGUGCAGCGCGAGAAGGACAAGUUGGAGAACAGGCUGAAUGGGCAAUUGAUACCGAAGCGUGAUGCGCUCAUUGCUUCGCUGGCGGGCCGCAGCUAUGGUUCGCUUGCCAAUCAAAGGACGGUGUACGAGCAGCAGCAAAAGACGCUUUCCAGCAAAAUCGAUUUGCUGGUCCAGGAUAUCAGCAACGUAGACAAACAGGUCCGAGAUUUAACCGAUAAGGGCAAAAAGCUUACCAAAGAGUUGGAGUAUUGGUUGAAAAAGCUGAAACACGCCGAAGAAGCCAUUUCCACCAAGGAUCCCCGUGAGACGUCACACGAAGCACGGAAGCGACAGUUGGCUGCUGAGGUUAACCGGUACGCAAAGGAAAUCGAAGCUCUGGGUGUUUUGCCAGCGUUUGACCAAGGGUACGACAAAAUGACCCUACCUAAGCUGAUGCAGGAACUUGAGCGGACGAGCAAGCAGCUGAAAAAGUUUAGCUCCGUCAACAAAACAGCCGUCGAUGAGUAUGCACGUGUGUCACAAUCGUUGAGCGUGAUGGAUCGAAAGUUGAAAGAGUCCGAGGAUACACGCAAAAUGCACGAAUCCACUGUGCAGCGGUUGCAGGCCCAGCGCAUGGACUGUAUCGAACAUAUUUUCAACACCGUCAAUAGGAACUUUAUUGAAAUAUUUUCCCGCUUUGUGCCGGCCGGCUGCGGGAAGCUUAUUUUGCAAACGACGGACGGUAAUGCCGACAGUGACGAUACCACCACGGACGAGUCGUACGAUGGUGAUGGCGUGCCGGAUCGUUACGUAGGACUAGCCGUGGAGGUUUCGUUCAUGGCUAGUGAGGGAACCCGGAGCGAGCUGGGCACGCUAUCCGGCGGCCAAAAAACGUUGGUCGCGAUUGCACUUAUUUUCGCGAUGCAGAAGUACAAUCCCGCUCCGUUCUAUCUGUUCGAUGAGAUCGAUCAGGCGCUGGACAGCGGGCAUCGUAAGGUGGUGGCGAACGAGAUACACGCGCUGAGUGCAAACUCGCAGUUCAUUACGAUCACGUUUCGGCGCGAACUGUUGGAGCAUGCGGAUAAGUAUUUCGGUGUCCGGUACCGGAACACAGCGAGCAGCAUUGGCGCCGUGUCGAAAGAGCGGGCGUUCGACUUUGUCGUCGAUGAUACUAUUCGCCGUUAGCAUUAAUCUAUGCUAGAGGUGUGUACGUAAUGAUGUACGGUAGAAAACUAUCAUGUCGAUUAAUUGACUCGAUUGAGAUGUUAAUGUUUUUUGCUAGGAUACAGAUACAAAAAUUGAAAACUGCUACACAAUUGGAUUGUUGAUAAUAAAUGUUUGUUUCACUGCACACGAA